CGCCCCCCCCCAUCAGAGGGGCGGUGGCCGAGCUGGCUACACUGAGCGCAUUGACGGACAGAGGGACAGAGAGACAGGGGGACCAGCAGGCACACGUCCAGGCCAUGCCCGGGGAGGCUGCGCGCGCUGAGUUGCCGCUGCCUGAGGCAGGAGGGCCAGGAUCCCGCACAGGUGAGACCGCGGUGGCUCCGCUUUCUGGCCCAAUACCUUUCUCUGGCUUUCUCUCUCUCCAUCUCUCAGCCUCCGAACAGUCCCCUCCCCUGUCUUUCCAGACCGGCUCUUCCCUCCACAUUGCAUCCUUCCCCCACCCCCAACCCCCAGAAUUUCAUGAAAGCCUGGAGGCAGCAGACAGCAUCCUCCAAAGCCUGCAGCUCUGAAGGGCAGUGUCUUGGCCUUUCACUCUGGGCUGGGGGGCGGGGGGGAUGUAAAGCGUGCUCUUUGGACCAAGUCCCAUUUGCUUGGGCCUCUGUACCACAUCGCGUUUCUUUGUCCACAGAGAGCUGCGGGGGCCCCAGGACCGACUGUGGGUGGCAGGUUUGGAAGCGGGAGGCCCAGAGGGUCCCUGCAUGCUCAUCCUGUGACCACCAGAGGGUCCUUAGAGAUACCUUGGGUGCCCAGGGCAGCAAGCGGCUAGACUUAGAAAGGAGGUGUAGGAUUGAUGGGACCUGGGAACCCAGCCAGAGGACACUGGCAGAGCUGGGUCUGGGAGGUUCGGCCCUGGAGAGGUGUUGUGGCCAGCAGUGGUCUUAAUAUGCAGAGCUUGGAGAAGCAGGGGCGUUAAAUGUUGGUGGAAGUCAGUCCACUUGCAGGCCUGAGGGUACUCUAAGCUUGAAUGGUCCCUACUGGAGAUGGGCUGUGUGUAGCUUGGGCAAAACCAAGGGCACCUUGCUGUGUGCAAGAAGUCAUCUGGGGACAGUAUGGGCAAGAAUGGAGAUGGUGCCAAUGCUGGGCCAGGGACCUGACUGAGAACCAACACAGAUGCCACCCUACUCUUGUUGGGGAACAGGCAAUCCAGGCUGGGACGCCCCAGACCCAGAGUGAUUAGCUGGUUCCUUUCUGGCUUGCUUGGUGACCUUGAAUAAGUCCCAAAACAAACAAAAGGCCCCACAACUUGGGCCUUUUAUUUCCAUUUUAACCUUGGCCCAAUUCUGCCCUCUGCCCUGAGGCCACACUAAGAAGUAGAGAUCGCAAGAGCCUGACUUUGGAACACCCAGUGAUGGCUACUAGCCACACCCACUUUCCAGUUCCAGGUGUCCCUCAAGGGACCUGCAGGACCCCUGGUUGUCUUAGUAGCCAGUGUCAAAGAACCCAAUGCCCUGACGCUACUGAGAGCAGAUAUCAGGGAGGUGGCUGUCCCCUCUUCAGCUUCCCUCUCAUCCUGGGUGAGAUCUGCUCCGUAGCUGAGAAAGACAAAGGCACGGUGCAGGCCAUGUUGCCCUGUCACCAGUGAAUAUGGUAGAGCCAGCAGCAUUGGCUGUGUGCCUGCCAGAGCGGUGCCUAGGCACUGCCCCUCCCCCUCUUUUGCAGGACUUGGCCUGGGCUCUGGGGACAGUAGGAAGGCUUUAAGUGGAUACUUCAAAGAGAUGUGUGUUUGGCUAUGGUCCAGGUGAGAGGGUAGCUGUUACAGACUCAUUAAAAAUGAGGCUAAAAAAAAUGAUGCUCUGAGAACUUGAGUACAUUUAAAUGGUUGAGUUAAAAGUCAUGGGACUUAGUGAAUGUGCAGAGUGACCUUGGUGACAUGCAGGUCAGCAAGAAGCAAGACAGCAUUGGCCAGAGAGAUAGGAGGUAGUGUGGGUAUUUUCUCCUGGAGAGAUUUGUUCGCUACUUUCCUAAGUCCCUAAGUACUUUCUGAGCCACAGGGCAUCAUGGCCCAGACAUGUGUUUGUGGUGUGGCGUGUCAGCUGAGGGUAUGCCAGCCCAUGAGCACCUGUGCCUGAAGAGACCUAGAGAAGGAUCCCAAGGCAGGCCAGCUCUCAGCAUGGUGGAGGAUCUGUGACCAUGAGCAACUGACACCAUGGAGAGGACAUGGCAGCCUUCCCUCAGCUGUCCUGUUUCCAUGGGCACCAGAUCACCAUCAUUACCCAUCACUGCCCUUUGAGCAGGGUGCUGCAACCCACGCUCUGUGACACAUGUCUGUCUCCAUCCUCCAGAAACUUAGCUGCAUGCAGGGCUAUGCAAACAGCUCUGUCUCGAGAUAGGCAACAGGGGUAGGAGAGAGAUGGGCUAGAGGCAAAACCUCCUGCUUUACAGUAGACCUGGAAUAUACCAGAGCUGUAGUGUGCAGACCUUAAGUCCACUUAGCCUGCAUGUCAUUCUCUCCUCUACUACCUCCCCUGACUAGUCCUCCUCUGAGAUUUUAUCCAUGGAAACCUGCUCCAUGUUCAGCUCUUUACCUGGCCUGGCCCUGAGAUGUAUCCAGUAGGCCUCUCAUGUCCUUUUCUGUCUCCACAGAUCUCUCAUGUGAUGCAGCCAUUGCCACUAUCCUGAAAGGGGACCAACGGGAGCCCCUUCCCCUGACCCCAGGGCCUAGCCCUCUGGCCCUUGCAUUCCUGUCCAGCAAGCCAGGUGCGCGGCCCCAGCCUGAGGGAGCCAGCUGGGAUGCAGGGCCCAGUGGGGCUGCCUCAACCUGGGUGGACCCAGCAGAGGGCAGCCCAAGUCCAGGGGUCCUCCCUGAGGGCCUGCCUCUCCAGCCUUUGCCUGCUGAAGUCCCUCUCCCCACCACCCUGGAGCCCCGCAUCGUGAUGGGUGAGGAGACAUGCCAGGUCACCCCUUUACCCAGGGCAGCUUGGCCAGUGCUCAGGGACCGGGAGGGUGGGCACAUGGCCUUGCACCCACCUCCGGAGCUGUGUUCUCAGGGUGAUCCUCCUGUGCCUUCCCCUCCCCCUGACCUUGAUUCCUACUUCACACCACCUUCUACUCCCACCAAAACCACCUAUGCCCUGCUCCCUGACCAUGGACCCCACAGGGACACCUGGGACCUGGAGGCCGAGCUGCUGGAUGAGUUACUGGACUCAACGCCAGCUUCACCCUCAGGCUCCUACAUUACAGCAGAUGGGGACAGCUGGGCCUCCUCACCUUCCUGUUCCCUCAGCCUGCUGGCCCCGGCUGAAGGGUUGGACUUUCCCUCCGACUGGGGCCUUUCCCCAUCAGGGUCUGUGGUAGACGAACUAGAGCCACAACCCACAGAAGCUCCAGAGCCCCCAUCCUCUGAGUCUAGCCUCUCAACCGACAGCAGCUCUUCCUGGAGCCAAGAGGGCCAUUUCUUUGACCCUACCUUCUUGGCCAACGACCCGAUGAUCCCUGCCGCCCUACUACCCUUCCGGGGUAGCCUCAUCUUCCAGGUGGAAGCCGUGGAGGUGACACCACUGCCCCAAGAGGAGGAGGAAGAGGAGGUAGUUGCUGGUGCUGCCACCCCAGAUGGAGACCUGGCUGGAGAGGGUGAGGACGACAGCACAUCUGCCUCCUUCCUGCAGUCACUGUCUGAUCUGUCCAUCAUUGAGGGCAUGGAUGAGGCCUUCGCCUUCCGGGAUGAUACCUCAGCAGCCUCCUCUGACUCGGACUCAGCUUCCUAUGCAGGGGCAGAUGACGACAGGCUGUACAGUGGGGAGCCCCAUGCCCAGCCCAGUGCCCAGAACACAGAGCAGGAGCACAGAAGCAGAGCCACAUUUCAGGGGACAGAGUUCAUGCCUCAGAUUUCAGAGCAAGAAACCUGUCUUACCAAUAGCCAGGAAUCGAUUGCAGAUAUAGCAGAAGAGGCCCCAACUUUAGGCAUAGAGUCUGAAGCUACUGUGACCCUUCCUGAUCUGCAAGAAGCUCCAGGCCCCCAGAUGGAGGGAGCUACCACAGUUACCCCUAGGGUAGGCAACAAAGAAGUUGACUCAGUUGCUCAACAAGCACCCAGGGCACUACCUGAGCCCUGCCGGAAGGGGAUGGGCACAUCUUCAGGCUGUAAGCCUGUUACUGUAGAGUCCAUUCUAGAUCUGCAGGAAGAAGCAAGCCCCACCCUGUGUCCAAUCCUUCCUGCUAACUUGAAGGAAGGAGGCCAGGGCCUUCCCUCCACACUGGAGUAUGUGACUGUGGCUUCAGUGAGGCCCCAGAAGGCUGAGGGAGGUAUCACAAUACCCCAGGACCACCCUAUGACACUACCCCCAUUCUUGCAAUGUGUAGAUCCCACCUCGGGCCCAGAGUCUGUGGCUGUAGUCACUCUGAGACUCCAGCAGGAUGAGGGAUGUGUCAUAGCACUCCAGGAGGCCCCUGUGGCAUCACCUCUACCCCUACAAAGUACAGAUCCCACCUCAGGCCCAGAGUCUAGGGCUGUGGCUACAUGUGGGCCCCAGCAGGCUAAGGAAGGUACCACAGCACCCCAGGACUCCCCCAUGGCAUCAUCCCCCCCCCCGCAAGGCUCAGAGCCCACCUCAGAUCCAGAACCUGAGGCUGUGGUCACAUUGGGGUCCCAGCAGGCUAAGGAAGAUACCACAGCACCCCAGGACUCCCCCAUGGCAUCAUCCCCACCCCCGCAAGGCUCAGAGCCCACCUCAGAUCCAGAACCUGAGGCUGUGGUCACACUGGGGUACCAGCAGGAUAAAGGUACCACAGCACCCCAUGGCUCCCCCAUGGCAUGUCUUUCCCUGCAAGGCUCAGAUCCCACUCCAGACCCAGAAUCUGAGCUUGCUGCCAUACUGGAACCACAGCAGGCCAAGGAGGGUGUCACCAUACCCCAGCUUGCCCCAGUAGCAUCACCUUCACCCCUGAGAAGCUUAGAUUCAAUCUUAGACCUACAACCUGUGGCUACAGCCACACUGGAGUCCCAGCAGGCUAAAGGCAGUACCACUGUACCCCAGGACACCUUUGUGGUGGCACCUCCAUCCCUUCAAGGUACGGAUUCCACCUCAGAGCCAGAGCUGAUAGUCCAAGACACCUCUCCAGCUCUGCAGAGAGAAACAUGCUACACCCCAGAGAUUAAGCCUUCAGCCUCUGAGGCCCAUCAGGAGUUAGGUGUGGCCUUAGGACCAAAGCCAGUGCCUGAGGAGCAAGAUUCAGAACCCACUCUAGACUCGGCACUCACCACUUCAAACCAAGCCCAACAGAACGGCUCCCAGCCAGCUGUAAAAGCUGACAACGCUGGGGCUCCAGAAGAGUCGUGUCCCACCUUGAGCACAAAGGUCUCUGAGCCCAUAUCUUGUAUGGGAGAGAAAGUAGCAGAGAGUAUACCUGCACUCAGGCAAGGAGCACAUCUUGAAGCCCAUGGUGGGGUCAAGACCUGCUCACCUCAAAGAGAGGCCCCAGGGGCCAAGAACAAGCGGGGUAGAUGCCCCAAACCACUAGGGCAGGGAAAUGGGUCCAAGUCAGCAUCCCAAGGUGCAGGGAAGACUUCCAAGGCACAGUCUGCUUCAUGCACUGAGGUCAGCCAGACACAGUUGAUGAGCUUAGCGAGGGAGGGAAGGGGCCUGAAUAGCAAGGACACCUUGGGCCCCAAGCUUCCUGUGGCUCUAUCUGUACAAGCCAGGCUAGGCUCCUGCCCAGACUCCCCAGCAAGGGCCACAUGCACGUUGAGCGGAGUCCACUCUGAAGAGACUGCCAGGUCUGCACAAUCCUUCGAGCAACUGGAGCCUGUGCUAGGCCUGGGUAGUAGAGAUCAGCCUCAGACGACCCCAGGUGCCCUUAACCCUUCCCCAGCAAACUCUGUCAGUGACCUGCCCACCACACCCCAGGGUAGGUCCCUGGAUCCUGACCCUCCUGCUUCCAAUGACCUCAACAGGGCAUCCCAAACAUCCCCAGGGCCCCCAGCCUCCUGCCUGUGCCCUACUCCCCAGAAAGCCUCUGUGGAAGAGGAGGAGCCCUCAGCCUCUCGUGGUCUGAUGCCUCGGGCAGGAGCCCAGGGAACUGCUGCCAUUACCACCUCAGGAUCCACAAUGCCUCUGGGGGCCCGGCAUCGUGUCAGCCUCUCACCUCACUCCACCCUCAACCCCAAGGUGACCCCCACAGAUGCCAAAGACCUGGCUUGCAUCAUCUCAAGCCCCUGCCAAGUGCCUCCUCCCUCUGGGACCCAGAACCCAUCUGGCCCUCGAGGGUUCCCAGCCCAUCAACAAGAGGAUGAGGACAGCCUAGAGGAAGAUUCACAGAGGGCCCCAGGCUCCGGCCAGCAUUCGGAUAGCCACGGGGAGUCGUCAGCUGAGCUGGAUGAGCAAGAGAUCCCAUCUCAGAAAGCGCAGUGCCCGGCACAGGGCCCAACAGGCAGCAAUGAGGAGACCAUUGCCAAAGCCAAGCAAAGCCGCAGUGAGAAGAAGGCUCGAAAGGCAAUGUCGAAACUGGGCUUACGGCAGAUUCAGGGAGUCACCAGGAUCACCAUCCAGAAGUCCAAGAACAUCUUGUUUGUCAUUGCCAAGCCAGAUGUCUUCAAGAGCCCCGCCUCGGAUACCUAUGUGGUCUUUGGUGAGGCCAAGAUCGAGGACCUGUCCCAGCAGGUACACAAAGCUGCAGCAGAGAAAUUCAAGGUGCCCUCAGAGUCCUCAGCCCUGGUCCCUGAGUUGGCACCUGGGCCCCGGGUGAGGCCACAGUGCGAGGAGCAGGAGGAAGAAGAUGAGGAGGUAGAGGAGGCUGGCCUAGAACUUCGUGACAUUGAGCUGGUGAUGGCCCAGGCCAAUGUGUCCAGGGCAAAGGCUGUGCGGGCACUGAGGGACAACCACAGUGACAUUGUCAAUGCCAUCAUGGAAUUGACAAUGUAGCUAUUGACUGGAAGCUCGGGCCGUUCUGCCUCCCCCCAGCUCUGUUGCCCAAUAAAUCGUUGUCACAUCAUCA